AUGGUACAACUAAGAGUCCUCCUAACCUCAAUGGAUGGCCAGGGCCAUGUCAACGCAAUACUUGGAGUAGCAGGAGUUUUAUCAAAAGCUGGUCACCACAUUAUUAUAAGUUUGUCCAAAGGAUGGGAGAAGCUGAUAAAGGCAAAUGGCUAUGAGUUUGUUCCGAUAGUGAAUGAAGGUGAUGUUGAUGAAAAAGAUAUGAACAACAAUCCAGAUGAAAAAACGGAAAAGAAAGCUGCAAACGAAGGUGCCUUUGAAUUUUUCAAACAAUUGUUGACUUCGAUCAGAAAAGACCCAAUUACAGCUUUGGAGGAGUUUGAAGACCGAGUCUGUACCACUUAUUUGAAUUGGUCAACAGAGAUGUUAAAGUUUGACGAGCCAUUAAAGAAGAGCAUAGAGAAGAUCAAUCCAGAUAUUAUCAUCAUUGACUAUCUCGUUAAAUUACCUUGCCUCAUUAAAGGCUCAAUUCCAUGGGUGUCUCUAUGGUCUUGCAGUCCAGUUGCUCUUUACAGAGGAAGAGUUCCUCCCGAAGGAACUGGAUUUCCAUUGGACAGUCCGCAAGAACUGUGGAAAAAAUAUUAUGAUUUACAUUUCAAAGCCUACAAACCAGUUCGAGAUAAUGUAAACAAGAAACUGAUUGAGGCUGGAGUUGAACCUUAUAGAGAUGACCAGUGGAUAUACCUACUUGAAUCACCGUACAUGAAUAUUUAUAAUUAUCCCGAGUGUCUCGACUAUACUGAAGUUGGUCCUAAGCCUGAUAAAUGGUACAGGAUGGAUGCUGUUAUUCGGGAACCAGAUGAUAAAACACCAUUUUCAUUACCAGACAAUCUGGUUGAAAAGCCAGGUGCAUUAAUUUACUUUUCACUGGGUUCAAUGGGAUGUGUUGAUUUAGAGUUGAUGAAAAGGGUAAUAAGUGUUUGUGCCAAAUCACCUCAUCGUUUUAUCAUCUCUAAAGGCCCUUACCAUGAGCAAAUUGAGUUGCCUGAUAACAUGUGGGGUGAACGUUAUGUUAACCAAAUCGCUAUACUUCCUCAUGUUGACCUAGUCAUUACUCACGGUGGAAAUAAUACUCUAACUGAAAGUCUUUAUUUUGGUAAACCAGUAAUUGUCUUACCGUUAUUUUAUGAUCAGCUGGACAAUGCUCAAAGGAUUCAGGAUAAAAAGCUUGGAAUCAGAUUGGAUACUUACAGUUUUACUGAUGAACAAUUACUUGAUGGUAUUGAGAAACUUUUAAAUGACAUGGAAUUGUACGAUAAAUUGGAGAGAAUUUCCUUUGAAAUGAGAAACACUAAAACAAGAGAGGAAAUUGUAAAACUGAUUGAAAAAACAGCGAUAACCAAAAAAAGUCCCGAAUAA